AAAGAAAAGAGCAGCGUCUGUGACUGAGCCGUUGGAGCGAGCCAGCUUUAACAUUAGCCAACGCACAUCCAAAGCACAUGCCAUGAGCCGGGCUUGAGACCGCGCAACCACCGGGGGGGACACGCACACUCACGACGGCGAGAGAAAUCCGAUGAGAGGCACGGUUCAGAGAGAGUGAGCUGCCGUAGAUUGUCCAAAGGGGCAGCGUUUCUCCUAGUUCCGGUUUGUCUGUCUGUGCGCGCUCGUGCGAGUUGGGAACCCUAAACAAAAGGCUGCCAUCCACCUAAAGGAGAGAUUCAGCUGCGCGAGAGCCCGUCUGCUUGAUGCUAACUCAACAUGAGCUCCUAUUUUGUUAACCCUCUUUUUUCUAAAUACAAAGGCAGCGAGUCACUGGAGCCAACUUACUACGACUGCAGGUUUCCACAAAGCGUCGCCCGCAGUCACACGCUGGUUUACGGACCCGGAGCAGCCGCGCCGGGCUUCCAGCACCCGUCCCAUCAUGUGCAGGACUUUUUUCACCACGGGACCACGGGGAUCUCCAACCCGGGCUACCAGCAGAACCCCUGCGCUUUGGCUUGCCACGGCGACGCAACGAAAUUUUAUGGAUAUGAAGCCCUUCCGAGGCAAACGCUUUAUGGUACCCAGCAAGACGCAAGCCUAGCGCAAUACCCAGACUGUAAAUCGUCGAGCAGCUCUAACCCCGGAGAAGGACAAGGCCACUUAAAUCAAAACUCCUCUCCCAGUCUAAUGUUUCCUUGGAUGAGACCCCACGCCCCAGGCAGAAGGAACGGGAGGCAAACCUACAGUCGUUACCAGACUCUUGAACUGGAGAAGGAGUUUCUCUUCAAUCCCUACCUGACACGCAAGAGAAGGAUCGAGGUGUCCCACGCCCUGAGCCUCACCGAGCGGCAGGUGAAGAUCUGGUUUCAGAACAGGAGGAUGAAGUGGAAAAAGGAAAACAACAAAGACAAGUUUCCGGGUCAGAGAGGAGAGGCUGAAGCCGAAGCUGAGGAAGAGGGCAACGAGGACGGUGAAGGAGAAGAGGCAGAAGAGAAAGAAACGGAAGAGAAAGAAGAAAGCAAGGAGUGAUUUUAUGGUCCUUUUUAUGGUUAUAUGGCUCAAAAAGGAGAGAGAGAAAAGAAAGAGGUCCCAUAAACAGACGAAGAGUCUCAACGAGGCAGAGAGCGUCAUUUUUAUGACCACCCUUCCAUUUUGUCAAGAGGGAGAAGGAAUCCCACCAAUAUUGUUUUCAUAAAUAGACAAUAUUAUCCGUUUUCCUCAAUUGUCCCGUCCUGAUUGUCAUUUGGAGAAGCUACACACACUUAGUUCAAUUUCUUUAAUAGACAUCACCCCUAAACACACAAAAGGGGGGAUUAAAAUGCAUGUUAGAUUAAAAUGGCGUAGCUAUUUUAUUUCCUCUUAAUUAGAUAAUUCAAAUAAAAACAAGUCCAACGCCGAACAGUGUUGUAAAUAGAUUCAAGCCUACAUGUAGGGAAAAUAAAUAUUUCAGAUGAUAGCUUCUCCAAGAACAUCAACAACACCUAGGCCUGUAACUUAGUGAGUGUUCGGAUGUCAUCGCAGCAGUUACACUGGCUAACAGCCCAUGUAGUAAACAUAUUUAAUUUUUUCAUUAUUUCAGGAUUUCCUGUUUUUAUGUAAAUGCCCUGAAAACAACAACCAUUCGUUCUUCAGGCAUCUUUUUGUCUUUUAGGAUUACCAGGGAAGUGCAACUGUUUGAAAUCCUUUCAUGCUACCUAAACCUGGGAGAAUUGCAAUAGAGAUUUCUUCAAUCUUGUUUUUAAAUUUUUUUAAAGAAAAAGUUCUCUAUCAACCUGAUACGAUUAAGUUAUGUGUAGCAUUUACCCAGAAAACAAUAAACACUUGUUGAAGACAAUUUGUGAGUCUUGGGAAGACAUUUAGCUGAAAGCCAAUAGUAAGAUUGUACCACAGCACUACCUAGAAGCUCAGAGCUUUGUCCCGCACCUCUUCCACACAUGCGUGGCAUCGCUCUGGUUUGAUUGCAAGCUACUUCCCCAACAACUAAAAACUGCCUAUGACGCACAUUGACUGCGUAAAAAUGAUACCUGCAACAAUUACAACGAUUUUAAAAGUAAGGGAACUUUUAUUUUGAUGUGCUGGUGAUAUAGCGUAGUUGUUUUUUUGCACUGAAUAUAAUCUUUAUGUACGUCUUGUUAUAUAGUGAUGUUAACAAAUAUGCUCGUUUCCUGUUGUUCCUCCUGUGAAAGACAGAGUUGUGUUUCCCCCACCCCUCACCAUUGUUGAUGUAAAAAUCACAAAUAAACAAGAUGACUCACA